AUGCCCGCGCGCGCGGACGCGUCGGCGCGUCAUCGCGCGUGCGAGCGAUGCCGCGGCGAGGGCGCGACGUUCGCGCUGUCGAGAGCGCAAAAAAAGCGGCGGCGACUCGAGCGGGACGACGGCGCGGCGACGCGGGAGGCGCCGGAGAAGCGCGUCGAGUGCGCGGCGUGCGAGGGCGCGGGCGUCGUCGAGGGCGCGGCGACGGCGAACGGCGCGGCGGCGCGCGUGGCGAUCGUGGGCGGGGGGGUGGGGGGCGCGGCGUUGGCGUUGGCGUUGACGCAGCGCGGCGCGCGCGCGACGGUGUACGAACGAGACGAGCGCUUCGAGGCGCGAAAACAAGGGUACGGGUUGACGAUGCAAAAGUAUAGCGGUGGUGCGGCGCUGCGAGCGCUCGGAUUGGCGUUGCGAGGCGUGGGGAGCGACGCGCACGUGAGCAUGGACGCGAACGGGCGCGUGUUGGGCGAAUACGGACACAGCGCUCGACGACGCGUCGGCGGCGAGGAGGACGCGGACCAAGGCGCGCGCGAUGGUGGUGCCGUCGCGGAGGCGGUGAGCGAUGAGAAGAGGAACGUGCACUUGCCGAGGCAAAAGUUGCGACAGUCGCUGCUGGACGCGCUCGAGCCCGGCGUCGUGCGAUGGGGGAAAAGGUUGGAGCGGUACGAGGAGACUGAGGACGGCGUGACGUUGCGCUUCGACGACGGAACGAGCGAGGAGGCGGGCAUUUUGGUAGGCGCGGAUGGAAUUUUCUCUCGCGUGCGCGCGCAGAAGCUCGGAGAUGAUCCGCUAUCGUAUUUGGGCGUGCUCGUCGUGUUGGGCAUUUGUCGCGGCGUGGACGCUCCGUUGUGUAGAAAUAAGGUGUUUCAAGUCGUCGAUGGCGAGAAUAGAAUGUACGCCAUGCCGUUCACGGCGUCGCCCGAUGGUGACGGUUGUAUUCGACCGCUGGACGAGCAGUACGAGGGUGAAGAUGAACCAGGAGCGAUGAUGUGGCAGCUAUCGUUUCCCGUCGACGAGGAUCGAGCUCGAGCGCUCGCGACUGACUCGGAGGCGUUGUGGAACGAAGCGCUGCGCAGAUGUGCGUCUUGGCCAGAUCCCGUUCCGAGACUGCUCAAUCAAACUCGGAAAGAAGACAUGGCUGGCUACCCCGCGUACGACCGCGAUAUGACGCCUGCGGAGGUGUUGAGAGGCAAAGUCACGUCUCGCGUGACGCUCAUCGGCGACGCUGCGCACCCGAUGUCUCCAUUCAAGGGUCAAGGCGCGAAUCAGGCCCUCGUAGACGCCGUGCAACUGGCGAGAUGUAUCGUUCGAUCACCGCAGUACAUGCUUCCGGGACAGCGACGACACGGGUGCGUGUUUCCGUUCGAGAGCACGCACGAGGCGCUCGCGGCGGCGGAGCGAGCGAUGUUGGCUCGAGCGAGGGGCAAAGUGGAAAAAUCGCGCGAUGCGGCCAAGUACUUGCACUCCAGCGCAGCGUUGGCUGAAGGUAACUGCGUGCGAGCGCAUGCCGCUGAGGCGUUCGCGAGCGAGGAAUAA